UUCGUAUUGCAUUUUGUCCAAACUUUUACAUUUUUCUAACGUCUACACUUUCUAGAUUUCAUCCUUCACGAUGAUUUUGGACUUCGUCCGGGACCACCCGAUCCUCUGUUUGGUCGCUGCCGGCUGCACUGCCUCGCUGGGGUACUUCUGGAUGACCAGAGAGCGCCCGCCUGCACCUGCACCAACCCCACCACCAACACCAAGCCCCUCCGUCAGCUCCUCGUCCAGCGACAGCCAAAUCUUCUACCCUGCGAACGAGGAGCUGGACGACGUUUGGCCACAGGUGCAGGUGCAGGGCCCCAGCGGGGACCAUUAAGACACACAAGCUACAGAGACACAAGUACCCACGACCAUCUAGGGUAACAGUGCAGCCGGACAGAAGAAAAGAAAGGGCCAUGCCCAAAAGGCGCAGAACACGCGCAAAGGAGAAAAGGAAGGGGCAACAAUAAGAAAUAAGACUAAAUCUCAUGUGACCGUGAUCAACAGUCAUAGAAGGAUGAGCAAAGAAGUUAAAAGUCAAGAAAGGGGCAGCAACAAAAUCUUCGGGCGUAACACACAAAGAAAUAAGACUAAGUUUAAGGCGAAAGUAUCGUGCUCAAAAGUCAUAGAAGGAUGAGCAAAGAAGUUAAAAGCAAAGAACGGGGCAGCAACAAGUAACUAACCUAUAAAGCAAACAAGAUCAAUAAUUGACAAACCUCUGCAUUUUUUAUGUUGAAGAGUUACAUUUGAAAAAUAAACUUGAUUACAAUGAAAUAAAUCUCUUUUGUCUUGCUAUGAAAUUUGGAGGUUAAUAAUUUAUAU